AGUGUGGUGGAGGGAAGCAGCUUACAUGGUGAUCAGGAAGCAGAGAGGGAUCUCCACUCACCAGAUACAGAUAUAUACCCAAAGCCACGCCCCAAUUCCCACUUCCUCCAGCUACACCCUUCCACUUUAGUUCCCACUCGGUUAAUUCCAAUCAGGGGAUUAAAUCACUGAUUGGGUUAAGACUAUGACCCAAAUAUUUUCCCUCCAAACCUUCCUUGCAUUGCCUCACAUGUGAGUUUUUUGGGGACAAACCAUCGAAACUAUAACACUAGAGAGCUUUGCUUUUUUUCUUACAUGACCUUCAACUUUUUCUAACACAUCAUUAAGAGUCUAACAAGAUGUAACACUUCUUAAAGUGGGGGCCUCUGACCUAUCUCUAGUGUUGUCCAGUGUUCGUCCAGAGCUUUAUCAUUGCUGGGUGCCUGUGACCCUCUUGCUCACCUGAAGCAAUUAAGUUUCCUUGAGAAAAAGGACCUGGGACGAGCUUGCUGGGGAGUUCCCCACUCAGCAGUCUCUAGGCCAGAAAUGUGCUGGAAUGCCCACAAGUGACCUCAUAAAGCAAAGAUUCCCUCAUGGACCCUUCUCUGCUCUCUCUUGGAAUCCAGACACCAAAGGGAUCUCUAAGAGAUUUUUGGUUGGAUAUAAAAGCAAGGAAUAAAAAAUUGAAAAUUUAAAAAAUGUCUCAGGCCAUUUACGAAGACAUGACACUAAAGUCUACUUCCAGUUCGCUGUUUGGUGCUGCAUCAAAGGCGUUCUAUGGGAGAUUCAGGAAACUUAAGAGGAAAGACAAUCAAUGUCAGGCAUUUGUGAAGAAAGUCAUAACGAGUCGUCUCUUUCACAUAAUUAUGAUUAGCACCAUCUCAUUGAAUGCCUUUUUAACAGUCUUGUGGACCAGUUAUAGAAUAAGAUAUCGCUUGUUCAGAGUUUUCGAGUUCCUCAUGAAGGUCUAUGUGGACCCCGUCAACUACUGGAAGGAUGGCUAUAGCAUGCUGGAUGUGUUGAUUAUCAUCAUUAUCUUCAUCCCCUAUUUGCUCCGCAAGAUCAAGGGCGAACACUACCCUUACCUCAACAUCGCCGAGGGAAUACAGUCCCUGCGCAUCCUCAAGCUCAUCCCCUAUAGCCGAGGCAUCAGGACGCUCAUCAUUGCUGUGGGGCAGACAGUCUACACCGUGGCCUCCGUGCUCACACUCCUCUUCGUGCUGAUGUACAUCUUUGCUAUCUUGGGCUUCUGCCUGUUUGGAAUUGUAGAGAAGGGUGACAUGAAUAACUGGGGGAACCUGGCUGUGGCUUUCUUCACCCUCUUCAGCUUGGCCACGGUGGAUGGCUGGACAAACCUACAGGAACAGUUGGAUGUGAGGAAUUUUACUCUGAGCCGGGUGUUCACCAUUGCCUUCAUUUUGCUUGCCUCCUUCAUCUUUCUCAACAUGUUUGUGGGGGUGAUGAUCAUGCACACUGAGGACUCCAUCAAAAAGUUUGAGCGAGAACUGAUGCUGGAGAGGCAAGUCACUCUUAUGGAAGAGAAGCAGGUGAUUCUGAAACGGCAGCAGGAGGAGGUGGAGAGUCUGAUGAAGACACAGAACAAUGUUGGUAAGAAUUUCAGUGAGUUGGUGGAGGACUUCAAGAAGACUCUGCAGCACACUGAUCCCAUGGUCUUGGAUGACUUUGGCACUAGCCUACCCUUCAUUGAUGUCUACUUAUCCACUCUGGACAACCAGGACGCUACUGUCAACAAGCUUCAAGAGCUAUACUAUGAGAUCGUGAACGUGCUGUGCCUGAUACUCGAAGACUUGCCCAAGAAGUCCCAGUCCUUGGAAGGGUUGGAGGAGAAGUAGCUGGUGC